AUGCAAUUUGUUCAACAUAAUAUUAGAUCUUUAUUUUUUGACAAAAUAGAGUUUCGUGAGUCAGGAAAUGAGGAAAAAAGGUUAAACGUUACAGUUAUUGAAACAGAUGGAAUUAAUCUAUAUAUUGGGACAUCAAAUGGAUAUGUUUAUCAUUUUGUUUUGGAAAAUAGGAAAAGUUUGUCAUUGUUUCCGGAAUUUAUUUUUGCUUCUAAACAUAAUUUAUUGGAGAAAAAGUUAGUGAAAUUAAUUCUCGUUUUGUCUCAGAUUACUUGUGUGGUUAUAUUGUGUGGAAAUGUUCUUUUUUUCUGUAAUUAUCCGGAGCUUUCUCCUGUGUUUGGUCUGGAACCUAUUAAGGGUGUUGUAGAUAUUUGUCAGGAUUUGGAUAAGUAUGGAGAAACAGAAUUAGAUGGAAGUGUUAUCUUAACAGUUUUGAUGAAAAGAAAAAUAAAACGAAUUAAGGUUAAAGAUACGAUUUCUGUUGUUUUAGAUAUUGAUUAUUCUUCCGUAGUUUCUAUAUGUCAGAGAGGAUUUAUUUGUUGUGUUGCUACUAUUUCGUCUUACGAACUUAUUAAUUUUGAAAAUAAUAGAAGGAUACCUCUUUUUCCUAUAAUUCAAGGGAAUGAUCCUCUACAUCAUAAUUUUUUGCGAAUAUCUACGCCAUUUUUAAGACCUAUAAUUAUAAGUAUUUCUAAGUCAGAGUUUGUUGUAACAAGUUUAUUUGAUGGAAAAAAUUCUGUUGGAUUAUUUGUUGAUAUAAAUGGUAAUAUUGUGCGAGGAACUAUUAUGUUUUCCGAAUAUCCAAUUUCUUUAGCUUCUGAAUUUCCUUUUUUGAUGGCUUUAAUGGAUAAUUCGUUUGUUGAAAUACAUAAUAUUAUUGAUCAGACACUUGUUCAGGUUGUUCAAUCUCCAUUAUUAGGAUCUAUUACAAAUAUUUUCCGUACAUUUGGUCACUAUUGUAUAUUUUCUGAAUCUCUAAUGAAGAAGAUUGUUAUGGUAAAAGCUAUGUCUUCUAAAGAUCCAGAAACUCGAGAUGAUGAUAUCAAAAAUAAUAAAUUCUUAGAAGAAAUGAAUAUUGCCACUAGGUUAUCUAGUAUUCCUUCAAAAGUUUUUUUAACUGGAGAGAAUGGAAUAAGUUGUUUAGUAUUUGAUUCUAUUUUAGUCCAUGUUGAUGAGCUCUUGAAUCUAAAAGAAAUAGAUAAUGCUCUUCUUUUUAUAAAAAAAUUUACUAAAAUAAUAACUCCAGAAAAUAUUCAUAGUGAAAGAAUUUAUCAUGAAAUUUCAUAUAUUCGUCAGAAGUCUGGAUUUGUUUAUCUGGAAAAAAUAUUAUUUGAUGAUGCUAUUAUUCAAUUUGAGGAAUCGGAUAUUGAUCCUAGACUUGUCAUUUCUCUUUUUCCUGUGUUCGACGUGAAAUUAGAUGGAGUUAUGACAUAUAAGGGAGUUGAUGAAAUUAUUUGUAGAUUAGUGGAUAUUGAUAAUAUAAUUUCUUCUGAAAUUUCUGGAAAAUUUGAUUCAUAUGUGCAAUUAUCUGAUGAAGAAAUUGAAACUACUCAGAAUUAUAGAAAAAUUUUGUAUCAGAAUGCAUUAAAUACAUUAAAGAAAUAUCUUCUUAAAUAUAGGCAAAGAAAGGGAUUGGGAAGUAUAGGUACUGGCUAUAAAAAUAAACAAAUAUUUCAAGUAGUUGAUCUAGCCCUUUUGAAAUUGCUUGUAUACUUAAGUCCUGAAGAAGAUUCAAAUGUUUUAUAUAAAUUAGUUGAUUCGGGAGUUGAAUGUUUUGAUGAUGCUGUAAUAAUUUUUGAGGAAAAUGAGAAAUAUUUCCUUUUAAGUAAAUUAUAUCAAAAUAUGAAAAUGCAAAAUAAGGUUUUGGAGAUUUGGAAAAAUAUAUUGGAUGGAAACCUGUCUGAUCACGAAUUUCUAGAUGGUGAAAAAAAAAUGAAAGAUUAUUUAUUUGAGGUGGAUGAUGAUAAUUUACGUAUUGAUUACGCUAUAUGGUUAUUAGAAAGAAUGCAACAUAUUGGAAUUGAGUUUUUUAUUAAUAUUAGCUCUAAAAAGCCAUUCAAGUUUUCUAUAGAUGAAAUGGUUAAUAUAUUCCGUUCUCGGAGUAAGAUAUGUCUUAAGAUUUAUUUAGAAUAUCUUGUUUCGAAUUUUAGUAAUUUGUCUUUUUUAAAUGAACUUUUGUUAUUAUAUCUUGAUGAAAUUAUUAAUUACUUGCAAAUUCCUUUGAUUAGAGAUGCUACAAAAAAAUCUAUUAAAGAUUAUAGUGAAUUAAAUGACGACAAGUUGCCUUAUUUUGAAUAUUUAUCUACUUGUAUGAUAGAAAAUGAUGAAAGAUAUCAAAAAUUCGUUUCCAAUAGGAUUAAGUUGAUUGAAUAUUUACAAUCAGUUUCUGAUUAUGAUUUUGAACUUGUUUUAAAACAUUUGUAUUCUCAAAAAGAUCUACUUUUAAUCGAAUUAGUGAUUUUAUAUGGAAGAUUUUCUAGGCAUGAAGAAGCACUCACAAUUUUAGUUCAAAUUUUAAAGGAUUAUAAAACUUCUGAAAUUUAUUGCUACCAUCGAGGUUUAUUUGUUAAAUCAUAUUAUGAUAAUAAAGAUUCUAAUGAAUUUCUAUCACAACGAAAAAAACUUUUCAAAAUGUUACUAGAUCAAUAUUUAAAACUUCCUGAUUAUGAUCAAAGACUUUCUAGAAUAUCUUUUCUUCUUAGACAUUGGAAUAUUUACUUGGAUGCUAUUUAUGUUUUAAACACUAUUUCAAAUGAUUGGUCUAUUGAAAAAAUUUCUGAUUUUUUAAUUACUAUUUUACAAAAAAACAUUCAAGAAAAACAUCAUUCAUUUCUUAUAAAAUCUCUUCAUCGUGGUUUUUCUACAUUAUAUGAUUAUUCUAAAUUUAUCUCAUUUACUAACAAAUUUUAA